UCCUGCGCAUUGCUCAUAGAUCAGAUUUUACUGAUGACAACUGCCGGCGUCCUCGCCUCCCCCAACGCCAGUAUAAAGCAGCGGGUCGGUGAGCUGAGAGGGGCAAAGAGUGCGUAGCCAUGGCUGAAGGUCAGGUCCCCUUCUCCUGCCAGAUCCCCGGCAGGCAAAGGAGCACCAGGGACCCUUUUCGAGAUCCUCGCUUCCUGGAGGAGGACUUCGGCAUGUCGCCCUUCCCCGACCACUUCACGGCCGACUGGCCCGACUGGGCUCGCCCCAGGCUCACAUCCACCUGGCCCGGCCCGCUGAGGUCGUCCUUCAACGGGGCAGCAGCCCGCGAUGCCGCUGCCGCCGGCAGCCCGUCGCCGCCCCACUACACGGCCCGCUACACGGGCUACCCUGAGACCAGAAGCCCACUCAGCCCCGGCGAACCCUGGAAGAUGUGUGUCAACGUGCAGAGCUUCGCCCCAGAGGAGCUCACCAUCAAAACCAAAGACAGCUUCGUGGAGAUAUCAGGAAAACAUGAAGAAAAGCAAGAAGAAGGAGGAAUAGUCUCCAAAAACUUCACCAAAAAAAUACAGCUGCCCACCGAGGUGAACCCCGCCACUGUUUUUGCAUCUUUGUCUCCUGAAGGAGUCUUAAUCAUUGAAGCCCCUCCUGUAAGACCACCUUGCUACUUCUAUGGGGAUGACAGCAUGAGCAUCGAUGCAGAAGAAAAUGGAUUGAGAGGCCAGGAGCAGACUGUUUCUUAAUCUUAACUGACUCUGAAAUGACCUGUCAAAUAUAAAAUGUGCCUAAAAACAGGGUUAUUACUUUUAUAUGAGGCGACAAGGGCUGUAUAUAAAUCAUUGUUUCUUUACUUUGAUACUUCUAGAUAGUCUUACGGAAGAUAUUGAUCUGUUUUGGUAUAUUUUGUAUAUGAGAAGACUGUGUAUUGAUUGUAGGUUUUCCUGCACAAUAGCAUGUAUUUUAUAUGCUGUAAAAUAGGAGACUGGUUCAGUACCAAUCCUGUAAAAAAAAGCCUUUCAUUGUUGAUUUUGAAUACAUCUUUGAUUAAAAAAUCUUUGAUUUGUUUUUA